UAGAGAUUGGUGAUGUGUGGUGGUGCAGCGGCGUUUUGCCGCCAAAAGCCGCGUCGAGACGUUAAGCCGAGUAGGCAUCAGAACAGCAUCUGCACGUCGAUAUGUCAAGGUAAUACACUGAUUACAGAGCUGAUCAUUUGACGAAUUGACAAAUAUCCGCAUUACCAACCUCCAAGUAAGACGCUCAACAUAGCAUCAUCAACCCACAAUCAACACACCAUGGCCGCCAACAUGCCAAACACCCGCCUCUCGGCUAAUGACGCACGCAUUCUCAACGCACUAUUCGACCCAGAGACCCUACCUUCAUCAGUAGCAAAGUCAAGAGACAACGCAGCAAUCGACAAAUCAAUGCCCCCAGAUCCCAGAAUAUCAGCAUCUCAGCUCUCAGAACUCGAGAAGCAGCAAAACGACAUCAUCCGCAAUGUAUCCAGCAACUCGGACAAGACAACAAUAGACGACGCAAUCACGCAGCUAAACAAGACAUUAGUAGCUUGUCCAUACUAUGCAAGCGCCCACGUCAACCGCGCCAUGUUACGUCGAAUGCGCAUAGAAGCGUCAUUAACAGAAGGCCAAACCAUAUUCUCCACAACAACGCACGAUAUCGAGGAUUUAUUCUACGAUCUCUCACGUGCAAUUCACCUCUCCUUACCCGCCUCGUCGCCUGCCGACCCAGUAUCUGAGUACGCAGCCCGCAUACUGCGCACAGCGUACUCGCACCGCGCGUACCUGUACCUCAAGGCUGUGGAGGCGGAGACGCUGCUUAAUGGCCUGAGCAAAAGUGAACUGGAGGAGCUGGCUAGCAAGGACUUUGCACAAGCGGCGCGGUAUGGCGAUGAGGUUGCGCGCGAGAUGAGCGUUAGGACGAAUCCGUAUGCGAAGAUGUGCGGGGCGAUUGUUCGGAAUGCGCUGCAGGAGGAGAUGAAGAGCGAAGCGUAGUCGGGGUUAGCAAAAUAAUACAUGCUGUAAUAUGGUGUUGCUGACGACAUGGUCAGUAUCCCGCAUCAACGACUUUUGAUACAAAUGUAAGAUUUUUGUAACCACAACCUCCCACAUAUCAGCACUUCCCGUCAGCAGCAGC